CUGGCGUUCGAGGAACCGGAGGAGCCAUGGGGCAGCUCCGACUGUCGCCGCGAUUGCUGCUGCUGCUGCUGCUGCUGCUCCGGAGCCUCUCUGCGUUUCCUCCGCCGCUCUUCCCCAGCGCUGGCGCGGAACCGGCCCGUGGCUGCUCGGUGCUGCUGGACUCGGCGUCGGCGCAGCUGAAGGUGGUCGACGGCUGGGCUCCGGGCGCCGUCGCUUGGGCCAACCUGACCGACGGGAUCCGCGACAACGGAUGGGCCGUCCUGGAAUUAACUACCAAUGAGAAAUAUAAUGACAGCAUCCAGGCGUAUGCAGCCGGGCUUGCUGAAGCAGCUGUAUCCGAGCAGCUGGUGUACAUGCACUGGAUGAAUACCAUGGUUAGCUACUGUGGGCCUUUUACCUAUGAGAUGGACUACUGCCAAAAGCUGAAAAAUUAUAUUGAAACCAACCUGGCUUGGAUGGAGCAACAGAUUGAGGAGGCAGGAAUGGACUCUGCGUAUUGGUAUCAGGUACGCCUUGUUUUGCUGCAAUUGAAAGGUCUAGAGGAUGGCUACAAUCAACAGAUUUCCUUCCCAACUGGCAGAUUCUCUAUUGCCCCCCUUGGCUUUCUUUUGUUCCAACUAAGGGGUGACCUGGAAGACCUGGAAUCAGUCUUCAAUAAAUCUGAAGAUAAGGAUACCCUUGGUUCUGGCUCAUGCUCAGCUUUGAUCAAGCUCAUGCCUGGCAACCAGGAUAUUCUUGUCUCACAUGUCACGUGGAAUAACUAUCAGUCCAUGUUGCGUAUCCUCAAAAAGUAUACUCUGCCAUUCCGGACUUCAGCUCACAGUGAUACCACGAUCCCUGGUUACACCCAGGUUUUCUCUUCAUAUCCAGGCACUAUCUUUUCAGGAGAUGACUUCUAUAUCUUGAGCAGUGGAUUGGUGACUCUGGAAACUACCAUCGGAAACAGCAACAGUAACCUUUGGAAAUACAUCCAGGCCAACAACAGUGUGUUGGAAUGGUUGCGCAACAUCAUGGCUAAUCGACUUGCAAGGACCGGGGCAGAAUGGGCAGCUAUCUUUGAGAAGUUCAACAGUGGCACGUACAACAACCAAUGGAUGAUUGUGGAUUAUAAGUCUUUCGUCCCAGGCAUGGCUAGUCCCCGAGAUGGCCUACUGACUGUGUUGGAACAGAUUCCGGGAAUGGUGGUUACUGCUGACCGGACCAAACUGUUGUACCAGGAAGGCUACUGGGCGAGCUACAAUGUGCCGUAUUUCCAAGAAAUCUUCAAUGCCAGCGGUAUUCCAGCACUGGUACAGAAAUAUGGGGACUGGUUCACCUACGAGAAGACCCCCCGAGCGCAGAUUUUCCGGCGCAACCAGACACUUAUCCGGGAUAUGAAGUCGAUGAUCCGACUGAUGAGGUUCAACAACUUCCCCCAAGAUCCUCUGUCCUGGUGCAAAGGUUGCAACCCACCACGUAACGGGGAAAAUGCUAUCGCUGCUCGCUCAGAUCUCAAUCCUGCUAAUGGCACUUACCCCUUUGGGGCCCUGCACCAGCGGCCGCAUGGGGGUACCGAUAUGAAGAUAACGUCUUCCGAGAUGGUGAAGAAUUACAGCUUCAUGGCCAGCAGCGGGCCAACUUGGGAUGAUCUCCCUCCUUUCCAAUGGAGCACUUCUCCCUAUGACAAUCUGUUUCACAUGGGGCACCCUGAUCUUUGGAAAUUCUUGCCCAUCCAGGUCCAUUGGGCUGAGGUCCCCUAAAGCUGGUCUUCCCCCCCAGUGGGCCGGGCUUGGCUUGUGAGCCUAAUUCUAGCUAUCUGUGUUGAGCUGUUGGGGUGCAAAUUCCACCCAGGGGAAAGAAGCAUGAAGGCAUUCUUUCUUUCGUUCUCAGUUAUUAGCAUGAGCAGUUAUUAAUGAAAUAAUAUAACUGUUUGUAACUGAAUGCUGCAAUUCUGUGCAGCCUUUGGCUAUCGGAGGAACUCCACUUCCUGAGGGAAAUACACAUUGCUUGCAUUUUAGAAAAAUACAUAUAUUUUAAGUUUCUAGCCCAUCUGGCUUGCAAUAAGGAGGCAUGGGGUGAUUGCUUGCAGAAAUCUUGAAAGCGAGAUCAAGGGAUUGAAUGGAAGGGUCUUUCACAAGAUGCACAAGUCCCAACCUCAGGUUUUAGCCAAACUGCAUCCUUCCCCCCACCACCCCAGUUGUGAGGGGACACUCAAGCCGUCUUUGGCUUUCUUAGCAUUCUGCCCUGUAAAAUCGACUGCGCUUUCUUGUGAGACCUAAGAUCAGUUAUGCAAAAUAGUCAACGUUGCAGAUUUUUUCUCACAGAAUACCGGACAGCAUUGCAUGGCUUGAGCAAGCAAUGCUGAGUGCAGAAUCAUUCAUGCUGCAAAACAGUCGUGGUUUGAGCACCUGACAUGCCACAGCUCUGGAUAUGAUACACUACUUAGAUUUUCAGGCAAGGAUUUCUACAGUGUUUCUGCUCUUCUCCUGAGGGAGAUGUUUGACCGACUUGAUAGUAUUCAUGUUCUCCUGUUGCUGCUGCUUUCUUAAACAGGAGAUGCACUGGGAAUCUUUCUGGAAAUUUGGGACCUCAAGCUGGUUUCUAGCUUCUAGUCUUGGAGCUAACAUCUUAGUUGUUGUCAACCCCAUCAUUGGAUUGAAAUGAAAGCAGAAGGUCUACAGAACUUCCAUUGGGAAGGCAUGGCCCAUUCCAUUCAACAGCUGGGAAUUGGUUCAUGGAUCUAUCGAAGAUUGGGGCAAGGAAUUCUAUAACUUUUUGGCUAAGAAGUUGGUUUCCUUGGGAAUUUUUCAGUCCUCUGUAGCCCCCCUUUGCUAUUUGGAAUGUCAAAUGUCCUGUAUUUGUUCCUUCUUUAGUAAGGCUUGGAAACAUCUUCAGUCACUUUCCAGGGCGUUAAAUUGUCAGGUAAGCCAUCGGAUUUGUGCUAUGAUUCUGUGAGCCUCAGCACAACUCCUAAAACGCUCAAGAGGAUUUCAGAAAAAUCUGGGUUAGGGUUAGAAUCAAAGCAGUUUAUAGAGGAAGCCAUGUGUUCCUUCUUUGCACCAACGACUUUCAUCCUUCUAUGGUGCCAUUAAGCCCCGAUCCUUGUAUGCAGAUGGAUCCCUGUGAGAGUGAGUGAAGAAUAAUCUGUUUUGCUGUUGCUUAAAAUGCAACCCCUAGUCAUGAACAGGAGGUUUACACUCCCUGAAGAUAUAAUUUGCUCUCCCUGCCUUGAAUCUGCUCUCCUGCCGAGCCCCAGGUCUCCAUUGGAAGAGAUGUUAGUCCGGUGCGUAGACAGAGUGCCUUGAAAGUCACCACUGCGAAAGUUCACAAGGGUUUUAAGUUGGAAGAGUGCUUAUAGACAAGUGGAUCAACGCAUGGAGUUUUUUUAAAAGCUCCAUUGUUGCUUAACAUUGGCCACUAAGAUGGCUUGAACCCUAAAGUUUUAAAGAAUUGUCUUGCUCCGAUAGUGCCCCAUUUCUUCUCCCCUUUAGAAGGGUUGGUUGGGACCUGAGGAACAGUUUCAAACAUCUGGGGAAGUUUGCUUUGGGGACCACUAGGACAUUGCAAUGCGUACUUUAGGAUAAUGUUGGCUCUCGCCCAACACUUUUGAGCUUUGGGACACAACCAUUGGAUAAAAAGAGGUUCAUCCGGCAACUGGGAUCCAACCUGAUCC